AUGAACACACCACCUAAUGCCACCGUUCCAGAGCCUGUGGCUGAGCCUCUCGUGGUCCCAGAGGAUGCACAAUUGUCGCUGAAGAUACGCACACUUGAUCAGAAGACGUACCCGAUCACCAUAUGUGCAGCCGCGUCCGUGCCGCAGCUCAAAGAAGUCGUCGCCGUCGAAACGGGUGUUACGCUCGCUCGCCAGAGACUUAUCUACCGUGGUCGUGUAUUAAAAAAUGACCAAACGCUGGCUGCAUACUCUCUCGAAAAUGGUCAUGUGCUUCAUCUCGUAGUGCGGGCUGUACCACUCACCGACACAGAUGGUCAGGCCUCGGCUACUGCUACGUCAGCUUCGGACCGUGUUGCUGAACAGGAUGCUCUCAUCGUGGCACCUUCUUUGGAUAACAAUACAGCCGAAGAAGGUACUAGUAUGAACGCCUUGAAUGCCCAGAUCGACCAGUUUCAGCGCUCGUCUCUUCGACUUAGAUCAGUACAACAUACGCGCACGCAUUCUCCCCCAUCUUUAUCAAGAAAUAAUGAUGAGCCAGAUCCGACAAUGGGACGGUCCGGUCGCGGUGGUCUGCCUGGUCAUGUUCUUUUGGGUGCCACCAUCUCAGUGCCUGAGGGUGCAGAAGUGACGAUGCCAUUUCUUAAUUCAAUGAUCGCCAAUCUCAUGACGCAGGUUAAUGAAGGCGGCGCUGAAACGAAUAGAGACGAGAGGACAGAGACAGCCACCAGCACCCAUCGCACUAUUUUGUCGCGUGAAGCUAUGGGUAAUAGCACAGCUGCUGAGAUGCAAGCAGCAACGGCGAGAGCACUACGACGCCAUCAACGAAAUCGUGACGGAUCCGGUCGGUCGCGCGGACGACGCUCACUAUCUUCUGCCGAACGUCAAUUUUCGCUGCGGGCUCGCAUGGGAUUGCGACUCCAAUCAGUUCGUGACACACUGGACGACGCAUCACUCGAAUUCCCCGCCGAACUUACAGCUUUGCCACAAGGAGAUUCAAAUACUGCUUUGAGUGAAGUGCAGCAACAAGUUGAAAUGUUGUUGACGCUCGUGCAUCGUUUUGGGCCACGACUUCGCUUACUGGCUGCUGCACUAGCUCAGCGCGACCGCAUGGGUGGGGCGGCUAUGGUGGCACCAGAUUCCUUUUCAUCGACGGAAUUAGCUGCACCGCCAGCCGAGUCUACCAACAACUCUGUUGCAUCUAUGUCGACACCAGCCGCAAUAGCGUUAAAUGCUAGUGAUACUGAUGCCACUACUAUCGAGCCAUUGAUUUCUUCACGCCACGUCAUUCGCACAAUUGAGGUAUUGACUUCGAUUGGAGAGUCCAUUGAAUUACUGGCGAGUAUGGCUCGGCAUGCAUUCGUGCGUCAGUCUGUUCAAGCGGGUGAGCUUUCGAGACGUUUUAGUGUAUCUGCGAAUGACUCGACUCGAGCGACAUUCGAUCGUGAAGCUUCUUCCUCGACUGAUGCAAUUGUGCAAGCACCAGGGAACGGGUUGCAGGAAUCGACUCGCGCUUCGAGAGCGUCAGCACGAAGUGCAGUCACUUCCUUGAGACCACGACUUCGGUUUCGUGUCAACACCACAGAUAUGCGAAGUGACCAGGAUCUCGCAACUACGACAGCAACUGGAGGUAUCUCGGUAGCGACAACUGGAUCGACUUUUGAUCAUCCAGUUAAUCUCACGAGCACAGCCAGUGCCGGCGCACCGUUGACUAUAGAAAGUGGAACUCCUAUAUAUUCAGACGCUCAUGGUCGACGAUCUGAUGGGGGACGUAACGAAAGUACUGCUUUACUUUCGCCCGCGAGCGUCUCAAUCUCCGGCAUGCGAUUUCCAGUCUUAUCCUCGGUAGUGUUUCCGUUCUCUUUGGCAGCAGGGCUGGGCGGAAGCCAUGCGACCACCUCGUGGAACUUGGCAGAUUUUGUGAGUCGGAUAACGAGUGAGUUGCCCAUCUCGACUUUGUAUGGAGUGUUGGCUGGUGAUGCCACUCAUCUUCACCACAUUCUAGCACAUAUUGGGUUUGCAUUAUUCAGUGGUGUAGAUGUGCCGCGUGUAAUAAGACCAAGCAUCCAUACGUGGGCCCAAGACUUUGAAAAUGAACUUCGUCGUUUGUUGCGCUCGCAUGCGUUGCCUCCUGGCGUGAUAAAUCAGGUAGCGGGAUCGGAAGACCGGGGUAUGGCGCUGGGGGAUGAGCUAUUGCGCGUUUUGGAGCCAUUUAUUGCCGAUCUGGUCGACCUGCUCGUCCGUGCUACGUCUGCGAGCCGUGCCGCUGCGUUCGGUACGAGCAGCGCAGCUUUCUUACGCACGAUGGCUCAGCAAAUUGUUCGUCAACUUCGAGCUUAUGCACGAGGUGACUCAACGGAAAAUGAAGAAGAGAGCGACGAGCGCUUAAAGCGGUUGCUACUAGAACUCCUCACAUGGCUUGGUCUGAAUGAAUAUGUUGCAAGCUUUGCUGUCAACAGCUUAUUAGUCUGGACCGCAGAAGUUGAAAAUACUAGAGGUCGUGGUCGUAUUCGUGAAAGAGAAGAGACUGAUAGCGCUGAUGUUCCAGAAAGACCAGCAAGUAAGCAACGAAGGGAGUAA